AUGAGAGUUUCUUCUUCGGUUAGUGGUAUCACUCUUAUCUCCAUUUUCUGCGGCUCGGCUCAGGGGGUCUCUCUUGACUUUUUCAACAACAUUUUGAAGGACCCUGUGUUCGACUUCCAAACUGACGGCGUUGCACCUUAUGACUCUUGUCCUAUUGACAUACCGUUGUCGUGCACGAACAACACUCCGGUGGAGAAUUCCUGUUGCUUUGAACUGCCAGGUGGUAUAAUGCUACAGACGCAAUUCUGGGACUAUUACCCCCCAAUUGGACCCAAUGACACGUUCACUUUGCAUGGGUUAUGGCCCGACAACUGUGACGGUACAUACGAGCAAUUCUGUGACGAUAGCUUGAACGUUGCCAAUGUUACCGACAUCAUUGUCAACGAAUUUAAGGACCCUGAACUCUACCAGACGAUGACUUCGAUCUGGAAGAACUUCAACGGGAAUGACGAGAGCUUGUGGAUGCAUGAGUUCAACAAGCAUGGGACUUGUAUCAAAACGUUGAGACCAACGUGCUAUAGUCCUAGCCAAUUCAGUAACCACGAAAAUGUGUAUGAUUUCUUCAACAUCUCGGUGAAUCUCUUCAGAAAGUACCCAACCUUUGAGUUCUUGGCCUCUGAGGGCAUUGUUCCAUCCUUGGACAAGACUUACACCAAGAAGGAAAUCGAUGACGCUCUUCUGAAGAACUUUGGAGAUAACAAGGUAUACUUCAAAUGUAAUAGGUACCAGGCUUUGCAAGAGAUCUGGUAUUUCCAUGAGGUCAAGGGGUCUGUAAAGCUGGAAAAUUUCAGGCAAAUUCCAAGCUUUAUGAAUUCCAAUUGCCCUAACGAAGGAAUCAAGUUCAUCCCAAAAAGUGGCUUCAAGCCACCUGGCGGAGGAACCCCUAACCCACCGGGAGGAAACCCACCAAAACCUGGCUUGGGUAGAGGCUAUAUCAAGUUAAGCGGCAAAAACGGAUGUCUUAUUAGCAAUGGGCAAUGGUACGCUUUUGGUACGUGUGCUACUUAUCAAGUUUCCAAGCUGACUUUUGGCGGCUACAACAUUAAGUCUUCCAAGGGUUACUGUGGAAUUAAUGCUGACAACCAGUUGGCCUGUCACAGCGGCAUUUCUCCUUCUAAGUUCCAGUUCCAGUACGACAAAGAGACGAAGGAAAUCGGAUAUGGAGGGAAGUUCGACUGGUGCUUCGAUGAGGGCAAUAAGCAUGGGUCCGGAAGAUUUGUACAAGUCCCAAUUAAGUUGGGCACUGACUGUGGCGAUGUAGUUAAGUUGAAGUUUCAAGGCUAG